UUAAAUUCCAAAGGUCGUAUUAAGCGUUGCGUGGUUCUUUAAGUUAAGUAGGUGCUGUAGGUAAUGUAAUGUCGGAGAAGGAAUUGUAUGCAGUGUACAAGGGAAUUUAUGUCCCAAGAGACCUCCAUCCUCCCGAGAGUCUGAAAUAUUAUGAGGACUUCGUUUUCCGGGAGGACGAUAUCCUCAUUGUGACUUUUCCAAAAUCUGGCACGACAUGGAUGCAGGAGAUCGUACCCUUAAUUGUGAGCGAGGGUGACCUCACCCCUGUGCACACAGUACCAAACUGGGACCGGGUACCAUGGCUGGAGGAACACCGAGCCAUUAUACUGAAUUUGGAGCAAAAACCCUCACCCAGAAUCUUCGCAACUCACUAUCAGUAUGACAUGAUGAACAAGUCUUUCUUCAAAGUUAAGCCCAGGGUCAUUUAUGUCAUGCGAAACCCGAAGGACGUGUUCACUUCUUCCUAUCACUACUAUGGGAUGGCCUCAUACAUGGUGAAUCCUGGAACAACAGACGAGUUUCUGGAGAAGUUCCUUGAUGGAAAAAUUAUGUUUGGUUCAUGGUUUGACCACGUGAAGGGAUGGCUAAAUGCAAAGGAUCAAGACCACAUUUCGUAUAUUGCAUAUGAGGAUUUGAUUUUGGAUUUGAAGGGGUCCAUCUCUAAAAUUUCCCAAUUUCUUGGGAAAUCUCUGAGUGAGGAGGUCACUGAGAAAAUAGCCUACCACUGCACAUUCAAGGUCAUGAAACAAAACAAGAUGUCUAACUAUUCCUUAGUGCCUGUUGAGUUCAUGGACCAAAAGAAAUCGGAGUUCCUCAGGAAAGGAAUCAUUGGUGACUGGAAAAAUCUUUUGACUGUAGCUCAAGCAGAACGGUUUGAUGCUGCAUACAAGGACAAAAUGAGGGACGUUAAAUUUAAAUUUAUAUGGGAUUAAAUGAAUUUUUUGAAAAAAAAAAAAAAAAAAAAAAAACUCAUUCAAAUUAUGAUUUAAAUGCUGACACGUCCAUGUUCAUUCAUUGAAAAAAAGA